AUGAAUAAGACAAGGGCCGUUAAUGAUGGUUUUCCUUUCCUGAACAGUAAGAACUGGAGUUCAAACAGAAGCUUCCUCAUGCACAUUUCUAAUCAGUGUAGGAACAUCACUGACCUUACUGUCUUUUUGGCCACCUCUUACAGCUUGGAGACUGUCCUAGGAAUUGUGGGAAACAUCUGUCUGAUUGCUGUCAUCGCCAGGCAGAAGGAAAAGGCCAAUGUCACGAACAUUCUUAUUUCCAACUUAAUAAUUUCAGACUUGUUUAUGUGUGUUGUCUGUCUGCCUUUCACUGUGGUUUACACCAUGAUGGACUACUGGAUAUUUGGGGAAGUCAUGUGCAAAAUGACUUCAUUUACUCAGUGCACAUCAGUGACAGUGUCGAUUCUUUCUCUUGUCCUCAUUGCUCUGGAAAGACACCAGCUCAUCAUAAACCCAACUGGUUGGAAGCCAAGUACCUCCCAAGCCUGUCUAGGAAUUGGAGUAAUUUGGAUUUUAGCAUGUCUCAUGUCCCUGCCUUUUUUGACCACAUCAAUCUUGUCUAAUGAUUUGUAUAAGCAGCUCUCACACAUUAUGAAUUUUUCCAGUGACAAGGCCAUAUGUGUUGACUCUUGGCCUUCUGAGCAAUACAGACUGAUAUACACGACCACUUUACUGCUCUUGCAAUAUUGCAUUCCACUGUUCUUCAUUAUACUUUGCUACCUGCGCAUCUACUUACGUCUGCAGAAGAGAAAGGACAUGUUUGAGAAGAGUGAAUACAGCAACCGAGCAGUUCAGCUGAGAAGGAUAAAUAUUUUGUUGGCAUCCAUGGUUGCUGCUUUUGCUGUUUGCUGGCUACCACUGCAUGUUUUCAACACCAUUGUGGACUGGAAUUACAAAAUCAUUUCACCUUGCUACCACAAUCUGAUCUUCUCACUGUGCCACCUGAUAGCUAUGGCUUCCACUUGUGUCAAUCCUGUUAUUUAUGGUUUCCUAAAUAGCAACUUCAAAAAAGAAGUGAAGUCACUGAUUCUAAGCUGCCAGCGUAAUUCUGUAACUGCAUCAAUGGAAGAAUAUGAGCAUUUGCCUUUAUCCACCAUGCAGACUGAAAUCUCCAAAGGCUCACUGAUGUUGAACAGCAGACAUAAUUCUACCUAGCUAGGAGAAAACAUUUCAGAGGGGUGCACUGACACCACACACUAGUUAUUACCUGUAGACAUAAAAAGCAACUGGUGAUACCAUAGCUGAGAUGUGAACAGGAACCCAUUACUCCCUGAUUUUUGGAAGAACAGGCAGAGGAAGGUCAUAAAGCUACACAGUAGCUCCUAUGGUAUACAAGGUGACACUGACAUUGAGGUGGUACUGACAUUGAGGAGACUGGACUGAUGCACGUGUCUGCUGACUAAGCUGUGGCUCCACAUGACGACAUUGGGUUCAUCAGCUAAAUUCACAUCUCUACUUGCAGACUUGCUUUGGAGAAGACUCAGUUUUUCAGUAUUAGUAAGUUUUUUCAUGAUAGCACUGCUGACACAACGGUGGAAUAUGAGAUACAGAGAUAUGUAAAUACAUUUUUGUGCUUUUUCAGCUCUCACAGCUCACUAGGUAACACUUAUCUUUCAGCAGAUUAACUCACAUCAAGCAGCUGAUGUCUGUGUGAAGUCUAUGUCUGUGUCAUAUGGUUUUGGGAAUAGCCACUGCCUCUGCAAGUCAAGACCAAGAACAAUGACUCUGGUACGUGAAGACUGCUACUUAUCAAGAGAUGACCCCAAAUUAAAAAUGUUACUCAGUGGAUUAAACUAUUAAAACACGUUGAGAUGAUGCUGAGCGCUAUUUUUAAGCAAACAGAAAAACAGUCAUAGAUCCACGUGGAAACAAGUCUGUUUGAUUUCUCACUUCCUCCUGAUGGCAGCUGCAAAAGACUGCAACACUGAAACUGUGCCAUGAGGGUACGAGAUGGCUGGAUUACUGGAGUUGUUCCUGAUCACCACAUCUGCUUUUACAGCUCCUCGGUGCUUUAAUUGCAAAGUAUCUCAUUCAAAAGGUCAGAACAGUCAUGAAAACAUCUUUGAAGAAACAUUUUUACAGUGGGGAUGCUCCCAAAGAAAUAAGUAGAAGUUCAGAGACUUUCAGUUUCCAGUUAAACUAAAACUAGGCACCAGAUACCUGUCCCACUUGCUGGUGUCACAAACAGAUGUGGAACUAAAAUUCCAACUAAUCAGUAGAAAGCCACUGAUAAUAAAAAAGUGGAAUCCAGGUCAGGUGGAAGCCAAGCUACAUGUAAAUAGGUAGCAUUGUUGCUUGCUGUAC